UAAGUUUAACAUGAGUGUUGUUAGACCUAGAUUAACCCAUGGAUGGAAGCAGUUGAGAAAAGAUUAUUAUCUGCGAGGAACUUGCACUAUAUGGAUGCAUUUGAUUGAGGAUUGUGUUUUUAACAUGUAUAUUUUCAAUAGUGAAGGCAAGGAACUUUAUGUACCUGGCGCUCCUCUUAGAGAUAUUUACAAAUCAGAUGAUGAUGAUGAUGAAUUUUAUAGUAAUCUUCGACAAAGCCUUUCUUCAGAAAGUUCCUUGCUUGAUCAUAUAGAGUGCGAUGGGUAUAUUUCUGCCCAAAGUAGUGGAGUUGUUGCAACAACGGAUCUAACAAUUCGUCAACAACUCGAUGUAGAAGGAGGUCAAGAAGUGCCUGAUGUUGUUGCUGCUGAUAAUGUCGUUGAUGGUGCAGAAAUAGAACCAGAAAUAAUUGAAAAUGAUGAUGGCUUAGUGGAUGGAGAUGUUAUAAUUCCUGUGGCGCCUAUCCCAGAUCCUGGCAUCAUUUUUCAGUGUAUUUUCACAUGCACUCUUACUACAUACUAUGCAACAAAGAGUCAUUUGUAUGUCCCAAAGGAUGCUGCUGCGUAUCUCAUAGAAGCUGGCCUACACAGUUGGAUGUUCGUAGGUCCUAAAAGAAUCCCGUUUGAGUGUCGUAUUCUAAUCAGUUCCUGUCAUCGUUAUGCCAAAAUUGGAAGUGGAUGGAGGUUCUUCUGUGAAGCUAACCAGUUCUCCCCGGAUGACUAUUUACUAUUUCAAUUUACAAGCCCGGAAGAAGGAAUUGCAUACGUGAACUAUGGAGACCAAAUUGACAUUUAGAUAGUAUUGUAAUUGUUAGUGUGUUUCAAUGAAUGGGUUAAAAUUGUAUGGGGUGUUUCUUCAUGUGCCAGAGAAAAAAAAAAUUCUCAUUAUGUUUUGCUCUUAGGCAUG